AUGGCCUCAGAAGAUGCGGUGGGCGGUCCUCCUGCGGUCACGGAAGACAUUCAGGACAAGAAGAAUUCGACCCAGAAGAUUGACCCAUACAAUGUAUCAGGAGGGGUGGACGAGCAUGGAAAUGUUAAGGCAAUCGAUUACGAUCGUCUCAUCGAGGAAUUUGGCGUACAACCUCUGACGGACGACCACCUGAAACGAUUCGAGCAAGUGACGGGCAAGAAGGCGCAUAAGUUGAUGCGCAGGAGGGUAUUCUUCUCGCACCGCGACUUUGACAGAAUCCUGGACAUAUACGAGAAGCAUGGCACAUUCAUGCUAUACACAGGGCGAGGGCCCUCAAGUGGAAGCAUGCACAUCGGCCAUGCUGUACCAUUUUUGUUUACCAAGGAGAUCCAGGAGAUGUUCGACGUACCGCUGGUGAUUAUGUUGACAGAUGAUGAAAAGUAUCUGCAUGCUCGGAACAAGAACAAGGGUGUGCAGCUGAAGGGCAACGCUGUGGAGGACUUUCUCGAGUUUGCGCACCAAAAUAUCAAAGACAUCAUUGCACUUGGGUUCGAUCCGAAGAAGACUUUCAUCUACACCGACUACGAAUACCUUGGCGGUCACUUUUACUGGAACACAUCAGAAUUCGAGUCCUUGGUCACUUUCAACCAAACAAGAGGCGCAUUUGGAUUUGGCGAGAGUACCAGCAUCGGCAUGAUCGCAUACGGCGCAAAGCAAUGUGUCGCGGCCUUCCCGUCAUCUUAUCCCGAGCUCUUCGGAUACAAGGACUACCGGCCUCCUGAAUACGAUCUGUCCGCAAAACGCCGCCACAAGGCUCUCUCGAAGAUCCCUUGUCUUAUCCCCUGCGCCAUCGACCAAGAGCCUUACUUCCGCGUACUCCGGGACCGCUGCGAUCGCAUGACCGACACUCAUCCCAAAACAUGCCUUAUUCUUUCCAAGUUCUUGACAGCACUCCAAGGUCCUGGCGGUAAAAUGAGUGCAUCGGACCCCAACUCAGCCAUCUUCUUAUCGGAUACGCCAAAUCAGAUCAAGAACAAGAUCAACAAGCACGCAUUUUCCGGUGGAAGAGAGUCUCUCGAAGAGCAUAGAAAGUUUGGCGGCAAUCCGGAUGUUGAUGUUGCAUAUACGUAUCUAUCAUAUUUCUUAGAGGACGACGAGGAGCUCGCGGAUCUGGAGAGGAAAUAUCGAAGUGGUGACUUGCUUACAGGCGAGAUGAAGAAGCGUUGUAUAGAGGAGUUGCAGAAGUUCGUGAAGGACUUCCAGGAGCAAAGAGAAAAGGUCACGCAUGAAGUCAUGCGGUCGUUCAUGAAGCCUAGGAAACUAGAAUUCAAGGGCAACCCAAAUCCUACACAACCACAAACGGCUUCCACUGCAGAGGCAGCGAACGGUGACGCCUCAAACGGCGCGUCGGAGGGUGACAAGGCAUCUGGUGGCAAAGAGGGCAGGGGCACAAAAGGCGAACGGAAAGCUGCCAAGCUCGCGGAGAAGAAGGCAGAGAAGCUGGCACAGCGAACGAAGCCAGAUGAAGACGCACAGUAG